AUGCUUGAGCGUUUAUUGGAACAAAAAGAAGCGAUCACAUUAUAUAUUACCAACAAUGAUGGUCUCACCAACCUUACUUACUCUGAAUGGGAAUUGGUGAAAAACAUCCUCAAUAUUUUAAGGCCAUUUGAAGAAAUCACAAAAACUGCAAGUAAAGAGCAAUGUUGCAUUUCUGAAGUGAUUCCAUUAGUCGUAACAUUAAAAGAAUAUUUAUCUAAAGAGGGGCCAAUCUUUGCUGGUGUAGGCACAAUGAAGAAUGAACUUUUAACAAGUUUAGAAAGAAGACUUGGUGAAACAAUAUUUCAACGAGAAAAUCUGUAUGUUGCCACAUUCUUAGACCCAAGAUUUAAAAUGAAUUUUUUCCCUAAAGAUACCAAAGGACAAAUAUUAACCUGUAUUAAAAAUUUAAUUAAAAGGAAGUAUAAUACUGUAACUGAAGUGGAUCUCGAAUCUUCGGAAGAUGAUAAUAUUCCUUUAAGCGAUUUAAAUAAGGAAAAUACAUUCUGGGGAACCUUUGACAGUAUUGCCUCUACUUCGACCGAAACCACUAAAACAAAAAACAUGCAAGCAUGGGUAAAUGAAGUAAUAACAUAUUUGGAAUGUUCAACACAACCGAAAGAUAAAUCUCCUUUCGAGUGGUGGGAGGCAGAAAAGAAAAAAUUUCCUUGUUUGUUCAUCGCAGCUUCGGUGUACCUGUCAGCACCUGCUGCCAGUGUGUCUAGUGAGCAACUAUUCAGUGAAUUAGGCAAUAUUUAUGAACCAAAAAGAAAUAGACUUAAUGAAGAUAGGGCGGAAAUGUUGGUGUUUUUACAUCACAAUAUCAAGAAAUUAAAUUUCAGUUAUUAG